AAAGAAAAAGAAAAGGAAAAACAAAGAAAGAAGAAAAGAAGCCAAAGCUCCAACCCUGGAAUGAUUUGCAUAUAGUUCGCAGUAGGGUUGAAGUUGCAGCAGAUAAACGCCACCACUCACUUUAUCAUCGCAGCCCUUAUUACGAAAGCGACGAACCCCAACUCGAAGAGACUCGUUCUUUCUCUAUCUCUGCGAAACAAUGGGUGCAUCGUUGCCUCCCAAAGAGGCCAACCUUUUCAAGCUCAUUGUUAAAUCAUAUGAAACUAAACAGUAUAAGAAGGGGCUGAAGGCAGCGGAUUCCAUAUUGAAAAAGUUUCCUGAGCAUGGAGAAACUUUAGCAAUGAAGGGGCUAACUUUAAAUUGUAUGGACCGUAAACCCGAAGCAUAUGAGCUUGUUCGGCAAGGAUUGAAGAAUGACCUCAAAAGCCACGUUUGUUGGCAUGUUUAUGGCCUCCUUUAUCGGUCAGACAGAGAAUAUAGAGAGGCAAUUAAAUGCUACCGAAAUGCUUUGAGGAUAGAUCCUGACAACAUUGAGAUACUAAGGGACCUGUCUCUCUUACAGGCACAAAUGCGGGAUUUGACGGGUUUUGUUGAGACAAGACAACAACUUUUGUCUCUGAAACCAAAUCAUCGCAUGAAUUGGAUCGGCUUUGCUGUUGCCCAUCAUUUAACCUCAAAUGCAUCAAAAGCGGUUGAAAUUCUGGAAGCAUAUGAAGGGACGCUUGAAGAUGAUUAUCCUCCUGAUAAUGAACGUUGUGAGCAUGGGGAAAUGCUCUUGUACAAGAUUUCUUUGUUAGAGGAAUGUGGCUUUCUUGAGAGAGCUCUUGAGGAGUUGCGCAAGAAAGAGUCAAAAAUUGUCGAAAAAUUGGCUUAUAAAGAGCAAGAGGCUUCUCUUCUUUUGAAACUUGGCCGGUUAGAAGAAGGUGAAAAAUUGCACCGAGCAUUACUUUUCAUGAAUCCUGACAAUUACAGAUAUUAUGAAGGCCUGCAAAAAUGUGUUGGGCUAUAUUCAGAAAUGUCACAAUUUUCUCCUGAUGAAAUUGAUCGGUUAGAUGGCUUGUACAAAUCGCUUGGGCAGCAAUACCAGGCUUCAUCCGCUGUUAAGAGAAUUCCUCUUGAUUUUCUGCAAGGCGACAGGUUCCUAGAAGCAGCAGAAAAUUAUAUAAGGCCUCUCCUAACCAAGGGAGUUCCGUCAUUGUUUUCUGAUCUCUCUCCCUUGUAUGAUCACCCCGGCAAGGCAGAUAUUCUGGAGCAACUUAUGCUCAAGUUGGUUCAUUCAAUAAGGACGACUAGCCGAUACCCUGGAAGGGUAGAAAAAGAGCCCCCUUCGACACUUAUGUGGGCAUUAUUUUUAUUGGCUCAGCACUAUGACAGAUGCGGUCAAUAUGACGUAGCUCUUUCUAAAAUUGACGAGGCUAUAGAACACACUCCGACUGUGAUUGAUCUGUACUCUGUCAAGAGUCGAAUACUGAAGCAUGCGGGUGACUUGGCAGCUGCUGCUGCAUUGGCAGAUGAAGCUAGGGGUAUGGAUCUUGCUGAUCGUUACAUAAAUAGUGAUUGCGUUAAGCGUAUGCUGCAGGCUGAUCAGGUGGCUUUGGCAGAAAAAACUGCUGUAUUGUUCACAAAAGAUGGAGAUCAGCACAACAACCUUCAUGACAUGCAGUGUAUGUGGUAUGAACUUGCUUCUGGUGAAAGUUACUUCCGCCAAGGUGAUCUUGGACGAGCGCUGAAGAAAUUUUUAGCUGUGGAGAAGCACUAUGCUGAUAUUACUGAAGACCAAUUUGACUUCCAUUCUUAUUGCUUACGGAAAAUGACUCUGCGUGCCUAUGUGGAAAUGCUUAAAUUUCAAGAUCGUUUACAUUCACAUGCAUAUUUUCACAAGGCCGCAGCUGGGGCUAUCAGAUGCUAUUUAAAGCUGUAUGAUUCUCCUCCAAAAUCAACAACUGAAGAAGAUGAUGAUAUGUCAAAGAUGCCUCCCUCUCAGAAAAAGAAAUUGAGGCAAAAACAGAGGAAGGCGGAAGCACGAGCUAAGAAAGAGGCGGAAGAAAAGCAUGAAGAAUCAAGUGCUGCUGGUGCUUCUAAGCCUGGAAAGCGUCAUAUCAAACCAGUAGAUCCAGAUCCUCAUGGGGAAAAGUUGUUGCAGAUUGAAGAUCCAUUACAGGAAGCCACAAAGUACUUAAAGUUGCUUCAGAAGAACUCACCCAAUUCCUUGGAGACACAGCUGCUUUCUUUUGAACUAAAUAUGAGAAAGCAGAAGAUUUUGCUUGCCUUUCAGGCUGUAAAGCAGCUGCUGAAGUUGGAUGCUGAACACCCAGAUUCACAUCGCUGCUUGAUUAAAUUCUUUCAUAAAGCGAGGUCAAUGGCUGCUCCUGUGACUGAUACUGAGAAACUUAUAUGGAGUGUCUUAGAAGCAGAGCGUCCAACGAUCAGUCAAUUGCAUGAGAAAUCGUUGAUCGAGGGAAACGAGAUUUUCCUAGAAAGACAUAAAGAUUCUUUGAUGCAUAGAGCUGCUGCUGCAGAAAUGCUAUAUGUUUUGGAACCUGACAGAAAGUCGGAGGCUAUUAGAUUAAUUGAAGAGUCAACCAACAACAUGGUGGCCAAAAAGGGGGCACUUGGACCUGUCGGGGAAUGGAAACUCAAAGACUGUAUUGCAGUCCACAAACUUCUAGGAACGGUACUUGAUGACGAAGAAGCUGCAUUGAGAUGGAAGUUGCGUUGUGCUGAGUGCUUCCCUUACUCGACAUACUUUGAGGGAAGAUGCAGCUCUGUUGUACCAAACUCUGCAUACAACCAGAUACGUAAAAAAUCUGAAAAUGGUAGCGCAAACCAUUCAGAAGGUGGUGAAACUAGAGAUUCCGUUGCAUCAAAUGGAAGGUUAGAGGCAUUUAAAGGCCUCACCAUCUGACCAUGAUGUUGAAUGUGCCAGUCUGCCAAUGUAUUGCGCGAGUUACCGUGUUUGGAUACUUGAUCACGGAACCAAGCUGAGACUGAAAAGUAUGGCAGGAGGACAGUAGGGUUGCAGCUCUUGGGGGUAUCUGUGCAAGUUAUGAUGGUGACCACAAUUGAUGUUGCUUUGAGACUAGACUUCCUUCUUUCACCGGUUAUACCUCCCCCAGUUCUGAGAUGUAUUCAAUUUGCAAAUGUGUAUAAUUUUACUUUUUAACUUUAAUCGGGUUUUAGGGUUUGAGUUUUAUAUUGCUCGCUUUUUCCUUUUUUUGAGUACCCUGCAGCCAGCAUAGUUGCCCGGGGCAUUAUACUUGGCCCAUUUGAUCGGCUUAUUUAUUAUGUAUAAGCAUUAAAAAGCAUGUGAAAAUUUUGCUGUUGGAUUCAUACGAUGUAUGACUUUCGAGGCUCUUCUUAAACUGUGCUUCCCAUAUAUAUACUUUUGCACGUAAUGAAAUGUCCUUUUAUUA